AAAUGACGCAAGAGAGUGUUAAAAAAAUAAAAGAGCGAUAAUUGUUAUUGUUAGCUUGUUAGCUAGCAGACGAACUCGAGAAAUGGAGAUAUGACAGAGUAAUAACGACUUAUUACAUGUGCACGAUUAAGUUAUUACAAACGUAAAGUGAUGGAGGACGGAAACAGGACUGAUGCUGCUUCCACAUCCAAGAACCACGCAGGCUCAAUCCACCUGCAGACUCCAAAAAAUGAGGAUGCCUAUGAAAUUGCCAUCCCUUAUGAGGAGAGCAACUUUGAGCAGCAAGGAUUUUUCAAUCAGAGUGAUCAGAAUUUUGAUGAUUCGCCCACAUCAGCUGGCCCGUCUCCAGUCAACAACUCAUACAUGGUGAUCACCAACCUGCGGACCCAGCUACAGAUCUCUCUGGAGAAAAACUCUUGGCUGCAGAAGAGAAUUGAGGACCUGGAAGAGGAGAGGGACUUCCUUCGUUGCCAGCUGGAUCGCUUCAUCUUCUCCACAAAGAGCCAGGGACAGGAUCAGAGUCAGAGCCAGUACAGUAAUGGUUAUGAGUCCAGACGAUUCAACUGGAGGGCAAGAAGAGAGGAAGAUCGUCCUGCUGAGCAACAGAAGUCAGAUGCACAGCACUUCCCCUCACGUCAGUUUAUCCAGCGAAGGCCCGGUCCUGCAGCGAUGGUGCCUUCCAAAAACCAUGUCUCCAGUCCACUAACCAAUCAGCUUGCCUCUAUGAAUGCUUUGUUUAACUCUACACAAUCCCAGGCUCUCUUGCAAGGCCAUAGCCAUAGUACUCCCAGUACCACAGCCAGUGGCAGCAGCAGCAACAGCAACAAUGCUACAAGGUCAUCCAUGAGUGAAAUGAGUGGACACAGCAACGUCGGUCCAGAUUCCCUUUCGCUCCUGGGAGAAUCUGAUGAGUACUUAGAGCAGGACGGCUACCUUGAAGAGGAGGAAAUGAUAUCAGGGGAGGAUGUAAUGCCAGAUACCAUUAACAGCAACAGACACCCGAUAAAGAGAAGACUCUUCCGAGCCCCUAGAGAGCGGCAGAGAGUGAAAGAUGCUGCUGGAGUGCUGUUCCGCUACAAGAAGAUCCUGCUUACAUACCAGCGUCUGAAGAACAUGUCCAAAGCCUUCCAAAUCCAUGGUGUGGACCGCAACACGGUGGCUUCCACCACACCUAUUGCUGAGCUGCUACUAGUGGCCCCAGAGAAGGUGGCAGAGGUGGGUGAGUUUGACCCAUCCAAGGAGAAGUUGCUGGACUACGCCCGGCGCUGCUACACUGCCCUGGAUGAGGAGACACUCAGCAGGGUGCAAGCCCUGAAGAAGAAUAACCUGCUCUUGCCCAUCUCCUACAGGUUCAGACACUGAGGGGAGAAAGACAGAAGGUUGGGAAGUGUCUCUAGGAAACAGUGGAGCUGGUGGUUAAGUGAGGAAAGGAGAGGCAGUUAGGUUCUGCUGCAGCAGGCUGGCUCACCUCCGAGGUACAGAGAUGUCCAGAGGGAUGAGGAUUUUACUAGCUCAGCUUCCUGGAUAUGGCCAUAUAGGCCGCGGCUGAGAUCCUUUCCUUCUCAUUUUUAUUAUAAACACAGGAAUGUGCAUCAAGUUGCUUUGACAAAUCCUCACCAUUUUUCCAGUAAUAUUGAGGAUGUGGGAGUGCCUGCUGCAGCCGGAAAGGGAAAAAACAUGGUUUUUCAUUUCUCAAAGAGCAAAAUAGCAUGUCUGUGAUUCAGAAUUUGUAAACGAGGAUGUGUCUUUACCAUUAGGGUUAUAGAGGAGAUUGCUUUUCUGCAGUAUUUAAAUGAGUGUAACCAAUGUAGCCCAUACAUUUUUUGGAGUUCAGGUUUGCAAAGACACACAGACAAUUUCUUACCUGUACAUCAGAAUCAGUUUGAGGCCGGGGUUAAUUAACUGAUUGUCUAGAUCAUUGCAGUUCCUGGCAGCUGAAAUUAUUUUUAAGCAUAGCAAUUGUUAUCACUUUAUUUGUGUGCAAUUUUGACACAGUCCUAAAAAUAUGGCAAUCACAAUGUCUGUGUAUGUUAAAAUGAGUUUGCCAUAGUUUUAAGGAAUUGUCAACAUGUCUUUCUGUCUAUAUGGCUCUUUGUUCUAUUAUUUUCUGACAUUGCCAUUAUAUUAUCAAUCAUUUUCACUUGCCUUAAUGCAAUUUUUGCGAUUUCCUUAUGUUUGAAAUGCAACUGUUCUGUUUCACUUUCACUGUAUGAGCACCCACUACAUUAGAAUCUUCCUUCCUUUCCAUUUUUCUAGACUUAAAGGAAGAGAGAACUCAUGAAGAAAAAGAAAUGGAUGAACUGACCAUAGUAAAGAUCACUCUGAUGUUCUGUGGUGCAAAUGCAUUUUCAAUGGUACCAUACUUCUGGCAACAAGACCCACUCGUUUUUAUUUGAAAAUCAAAGGACACAUAAAAUGUCGGUGUGUUUUAUGUUUGCCUCACAAUACUAAGGCCACCUGGCCCAGUUUUAACAACAGCACUGCUGCAAUUUUCUGUUGUCCCACCAGACGUUGUACAAACCCUUUUUGUAAUUAUCUGCACUAAAAAUACACUAAAUGUCUAUGCUUCUGAUAUUGAGGCUCCUGAAAUGCCUUUGUGACAGUAAUACCUUUUGUAAAAUACGGUACAGAGCAUUUACACUAAUUAUUUCUAAAAUGACUAUUUGUAACUUGUGUAACCUUUGGUUCCUUGUGAAAAAUUGUGGACCUUAAUCAUGCAAACAAUUUUACAGUGUGAGUUACAGCAUCAGCAAAAGCAGCUAGCUUGUGCACACAGAGGAUUUGUUAAUGCUUCCCAGUGUCCCAAUACAAAUGCAUGUGAAAAGAGCUCUUUGAUGAUCUGUAGCUUUUCAAAAUUCAUAAUUUUCAAAGCAACAUGUUGAUUAUAUUGUAUGAUAAUGUGUGGUGUUUAUGCCAGUACAGUAAAAUGAUAAGAUCUCUUAUAUCAAACACAUUAGGUUUUGGUGGAAUAGUGACUCUUGGAUUCAAUUUUCAUACCUUAAGAGACCAUUUUCCUAAAGGUUUACAGAGACGGGUACUCCAAAUGAUCUGUGUAAUGUACAACGCAACUGCUAAGCAGAUGUUUCAAAAUCAUACCAGGGUGCAGUGUUUUAAAAAACAAUAAUGUAUUUUUCUCAUGUGUAUGUCUCAUAUUGAGUGAAAUGUGUAUCUCACUCAAUGUUAAUCAUUCACCAAAUGUAUAGUGGCAUUCAAAUGUUGUUAAUGCAUUUGAUUUCUUACAAAAAUGUACAUUUAUUAAUCUGUAAAAUCCCAUCAUCACCACUCACUGAAAACAAAUGCUUAUGAUUCACAGACUGUACUGUUACGACAAGAAGUGUAAUUAAAACAUUUGAUUUCCUACAAAUAA